AUGCGUGGACCAUUAUUACAUGUUAGAGUCAAUGACAGGUUACUGUUCAAGCAGUCAUCCUUGUCUGGGUCGAAGAUUGUGCUAUCUGUGUCACCCUAUGAACGGGGUAUUACAGUAGUAGAUCCCGAUAUGUUUCCAAAUCGUUAUGACUAUCGUAAAAUUGCUGCUUUAAUUGGUAUAAUUAGGAUGAAGAAUAAUAGAUAUGUGAUUACCGCCAAUAGGGUGGAAGAUGCAGGUGUGUUGAAUGGCCAUAAAUUUUUCAAAGUUGUAGAGCACUCGGUGAUUCCUGUUAAGAAGGAUGCUAAAAUGCACUCUGAGGAGUCCCAAUACGUUGCGUUGUUGGAGGCUCAUUUGUCAAAAGCAGCACUAUAUUUUUCAUACACCUAUGAUCUAACGAAUUCAAUUCAAAGAAAUGAACAACAUGGAGCUGCAUCUUGGAGAACAGCUGAAAGUAGGUUUUUUUGGAAUUACUACAUCUCUGAAAGUUUGCGUGAACUCUCUGGUGAUCAUCCUUCGGUGGAUGAUUUCAUUGUUCCAAUGAUUUACGGAUUUGUGAAAGUUGUUGAUACCGUUUUCAAGGAUAUACCUAUAAAGCUUGCUUUAUUAACUAGAAGGAGUCGUUUUCGCGCUGGAACAAGGUAUUUCCGUCGUGGAAUUGAUCAGAAUGGAAAUGUUGCCAAUUUUAACGAAACAGAACAGAUAUUGCUUGUACAGAAUUCAAAAUCGCAGCAGAUUCACCUGUUCUCGUUCUUGCAAACAAGAGGCUCUGUGCCUGUGUAUUGGUCGGAGGUUAAUGCUUUGAAGUAUAAACCUAAUUUACUCAUCGGUGCUAAUGGAUCGCUUGGUGCAUUCAAAGAGCACUUCAAAGAACAAAAGCAGUAUUAUGGUAAAAAUUAUGUAGUGAAUUUGGUCAAUCAAAAAGGCUAUGAAUUACCUGUUAAAGAAACAUUUGAAUCGACUGUAGAUGCCGCAGAUGACACAGGAAUAUCAUAUGUAUACUUCGAUUUUCAUGCGGAGUGUAGCAAGAUGAGGUGGCAUAGGGUCAAGUUGCUAAUUGAGCAGUUACAAGGCGUAGGGUGGGAUAGUAACGAUUUCUUCCACAAGACAUUAUGCCAUGAUGGGACUACCGACGUUGUUCUCUCUUUGCAGAAAUCUAUCGUCAGGACCAAUUGUAUGGACUGUGUAGACAGGACCAAUGUUGCACAGUCUGUCUUAGCCAAUUGGGUGUUGCAAAAGCAACUUGAAGCGUCUAUGGCGGUUACAGUUAAUGUGCCCUGGGAAAUUGAUCCCAAUUUAUUAUCAAAUUAUCAGAAUAUUUGGGCUGAUAAUGCAGAUGCAAUUAGCUGUGCUUAUUCGGGGACCGGAGCAUUGAAAACCGACUUUACUAGGACUGGCAAGCGUACUUACACUGGUGCAAUGAAAGAUUUUGCAAAUUCUGCAUUCCGUUAUUAUCGAAACAACUUUACCGAUGGUCCAAGGCAAGACAGUUACGAUAUAUUUUUAGGUAACUUUAGACCAUAUGAGACAGCUGUCCAAUCGCCAUUUAUCGAUAGAAGACCAUUCGUGAUCCAGUUGAUGCCAACCAUUCUUUAUGCUGCCUUAACAGUUAUUAUUGCCACUAUAAUGUUUCCAAAAGGCUAUUUCUUCAGUCUAAAGAACCUGACAUUUUUCGCUGGAUCCUCCUUAAUUGCCCUACUAACCAUACGUUUCAUAGUACAACAUGGAAUGCAAUAUGUGAACUGGCCAAAGUUAUGUGACUUAGGCUAUGUAGAGAUUGUAUACAAUCAUAACAAGGAACAAGUCUUUAAGGGUAUUACCUAUACUCCAAGCUCUGAUUUUGUCAAACCCAAUUUUUUGAAAAGAGACUGA